GCUGUGUCGCUACACUUACGCAAGUACGUGCCAGGAAGGAAAACAAUUUGCGGUCGUUUUCUCAUAAAACACUGCAAAACCAAAUUAAAAACAAUGUUCUUCGAAAAGUUCUUGCCGAAAUUGCCGGUCGUUAAGGCCCAGGAGGAAGAGGAAGAAUUGGUCGAUCCCCAGCAAGUUUUAAGGGACAAUUGCAGGGAGACCGAACACUGCAAACAUUUGGCCGAAAAAUAUCAAGCGUGCAAUGACAGGGUUUUGUCUAAAUCACAGACAACCGAGACCUGUGUUGAGGAACUGUUUGAUUUACUCCAUGCCGUUGAUCACUGCGUUACCAAGGACUUGUUCUCCAAGCUUAAGUGAACAAGCUGUUGGUUUAUUGUAGAUUUAUGUAAUUUGUUAAUUAAUUAUUAAUACCGUGGGUGAAUAAAAUCAUUUAAGAUA